AAUAUAUUUUUGAAUGAGGUAUAUAUUUUAUAAUAUCGCCGAGUACAAGAAGAAUUUUACAUAAUAGUGGGGAUAUGUUCAACAGAAGUAUCAUUCUUGGCUCAAGAUGAUAUUAAUCUCAGAGCUAUUUCCACGCGAGAUAUAUCCAGGUGAAGCACAGUGACUUUUAAAUUUAAUUAUCAGAUUAUUUAAUUAGAAAAAUACGAAAAAAAUGACCACUAUUGACAAGGAAUAUAAAAUAAUACCACUUCAUAAAAGACCAGAUUUAAUUCCAGAUUGUUGUACAUUACUGAAUUCUGAAUGGCCAAGAAGUGAAACUGCACGGUUAAAAUUUCUGAAUGUAUCAUGUGAUGAAUUUCCCACAUGUCUUAUAUUAGUUGACAAAGAAGAUAGAGUACUUGGUCAUUGUAAAAUAUCUUUAAUACCUAGAUUACGUCACAGUUGCUUUAUACAAUCAGUAAUAAUUGACUACCAGUGUAGAUCUCAAGGACUUGGAUCUAAAUUAUUACGUGGAGCUGAAGAACAUGUAGCAAAAAAAGGAAUUAAAAAUGUAUAUUUAAUAACUAAAGGUCAAGAAGUUUUUUACUUUAAAAAUGGUUAUAAAACCUGUGAUCCAUUUAAAGCAUCAGGAAUUAAUGAUGUUGUAUAUUCUAGUGCAGCAUUUACUAAAGCAAAACUUAAGGAGAAAAAUACACAGUGUUGUGGUCCACCACCACCUCCAAUGCCAAACUUUCAAAUGCCAAAGUUUUAUGAUUUAGGUGUUAUAACACACAGAACACACAUGGUAAAAAAAUUAUCAUUACAAUAGUAAAACAAUGAUAAACAAUUUUCUUUUUAUACAUAAGAUUUUUUAUAUAUUCCAUAUAUAUAUUAUUUAUUUAUUUAUCUUAAAGAAAAUUAUUUUUUUAAUUUUAAUUUU